AUUGAAAGCAGGGUCAGACUCAACAAACUUUGAGUUCUGAUUUUUGGGCCUCCCAAAAUUCUAGAGCUUGCGAUCAUUGGCUACUGAAAGAAUGAAUGUAGUUGGCAGAGUACGAAGCUUGAUAACCCAAGGUGUCUAUUCAGUUGCUACCCCUUUUCACCCUUUUGGUGGGGCUGUUGAUGUCAUUGUUGUUCAGCAGCAAGAUGGGACCUUUAGGAGCACGCCUUGGUAUGUUCGGUUUGGUAAAUUUCAGGGUGUUCUCAAAGGUGCUGAGAAGAUUGUUCGGAUAAAUGUCAAUGGGGUUGAAGCAAACUUCCAUAUGUAUCUUGACAAUUCAGGGGAGGCUUAUUUUAUAAAGGAGGUGGAUGAUGAUGAUAAAGGGGUCAAGUUAAAUGGGGCUGCUGAAGCUACUAAUAACUCUGAAUUAACUCAAGAAGACAGUAGUGUCGAAAUUAGUGACAAAGAUAAUAGUUAUUUGAGUAUGGAUGAUACUCGUGCUUGUAGACUUGACCAUAGCAUAUCUGAUCCAGGAGUGCUUCAGUUGGCAGGUGAAGGCCAUUCCUCAGUGUUGCCACAAUUUCAGAGGGCCGAAUCUGAUGUUAAUAGGAGGUUUUAUGAUUUCCAAGAUCCGCAAUCCUCUUAUGAAGGUUCAGUUGAGUUGUCAGAAUAUGGGUCUAGUCGAUAUGAGAAUCUAGAUGGAGAGAAUUUUGUGGACUCACAGGGUUCCCAUCCAGAGGUGGUCUUGGUUAGUGUCGAUGGUCAUAUAUUGACGGCCCCCAUCUCAGAAUCAGAGCAGAAUGAGGAUAAUGUUCAGUUAAAAACUCCUCAAUUUCAUCUGGGCCCAGGUGAAGGGACUGACUUCUAUGAAGGCAAUGAGGAGUUUAGUUCUGAUGAAAGUGUUUGGGCUGCUGAUUAUGUUAGUCAGCUGGAUGCUUCAAUAGCUGAUGUUCUGUCCAGUAGUUAUAACACUAACGUUGGUGAUAAUACUUCUGGGCUCCUGCGGGAAGUUUGCCAAAGAGAGGAGGGACAUAUUUGUCAGACAGAAGAAACCUUGGUGAUUAAAAAUCAAGAAGGUCUUCAUUUGCAAAUUGAAUCAGAAGAGGUUGCAUCUUGUAUGAAGAGGGAGAAUGUCUUCAAAAGUUGUUUGGAUUUACACGAACUUGAUCAGCAGGCUGAAAAUUCUAAUUUACAAGAUGUAGGUACCUCAUCGGAGGUUGAAAAUUCAGCCGAGGAAUGUAAUGCAAAUUGUUCAGUUGUUGAUGAAAAUGAACAAGAGAACAUCAAACAAUCUAGAAACAUUGAUGAGUUAUCUCCCCUUAACGGGCCCACUGCUUUGGAUGACCAUACUUCUCCAAAAUUAGAAUUAGGACUUCAAGAGGUUGGUAAAGAUGCAUCAGGGGAAGUUGACACUGGUUCUGGCAAUCAUUCUGGUACUACUGAUAUUGAUUGGAAUGAUGAACAUAUUGGCAAAUCAGUAUCAAAUGAAGGAGUAGAUGAUAGCGAAGAAAUCCCUGCACUUGAAGAUGCUAGUAAGGAAGAUGGGGUAGUUGAACCUCAGAGCGCAACUUCCAGUGAGGGGGACCAAAGUCAUUCUGGUUUGAGAUUUGAUGUCUCACUUUGUGGUCAUGCACUUAAGGCGGGUAUCGGUUUGGUUGCUGCUGCUGAAGUGUUUGAAGCACAUCGUAUAUCUGCAGAGGAAUUCAGAAGUUCAGCAGCAUCCAUAAUUAAGAAUGAAAAUCUUGUUGUGAAGUUCAGAGAGAGGUAUCUGCUGUGGGAAAAAGCCGCUCCCCUUGUUCUUGGCAUGGCUGUGUUUGGUUUAGACUUACCUAUUGAGCCCAAAGAUACAAUUCCUGUGGGACAGGAUGAUGCACUGAAGUCCAGUGAUGAUGAUCCUGGACCAGCUUCAUCUGGACGUAAGUGGAGACUUUGGCCUAUUCCUUUUCGAAGAGUCAAGACAAUUGAGCACACUAGUAGUAGCACAUCAAGUGAGGAUGUGUUUGUAGAUUCUGAGUCUGACUUGCAAAAUUCUGUUGUUGAGCUAACUCCAACAUCUGGUAGGCAUGAGACUCCUCAUAAGCAAUUCGUAAGGACAAAUGUUCCCUCUAACGAGCUGAUAGCGUCCUUGAAUCUCAAAGAUGGUCAAAAUUUGGUAACCUUUAGUUUCUCUACGAGGGUUCUUGGAUUACAACAGGUUGAUGCUCAUAUAUACUUAUGGAAGUGGAAUGCAAAAAUUGUAAUUUCAGACGUGGAUGGAACUAUUACCAAGUCUGAUGUUUUGGGGCAGUUCAUGCCUUUAGUUGGCAAAGAUUGGUCACAAUCUGGAGUGGCAAGGCUUUUCUCAGCUAUUAAGGAAAACGGAUACCAGCUACUGUUUUUGAGUGCCCGUGCUAUUGUCCAGGCUUAUCUUACCAGAAACUUUUUGUUUAACCUGAAACAGGAUGGAAAAACCUUGCCAAAUGGACCUGUUGUUAUUUCACCUGAUGGAUUGUUUCCCUCACUUUACCGAGAAGUAAUAAGAAGAGCACCUCAUGAGUUCAAGAUUGCUUGUCUAGAGGAUAUCAAAAGACUUUUCCCUUCUGAUUAUAAUCCGUUCUAUGCGGGGUUUGGUAAUAGAGACACGGAUGAACUUAGUUACAGGAAGAUAGGAAUUCCGAAGGGCAAAAUAUUUAUUAUUAACCCUAAGGGGGAGGUGGCGAUUAGUCAUCGUAUUGAUGCAAAAUCUUACACAUCAUUACACACACUCGUCAAUGACAUGUUCCCCCCUACUUCUUUGGAUGAGCAGCAGGAAGAUUACAACUCAUGGAAUUAUUGGAGAAUGCCCUUUCCAGAUGUUGAUUAGUUCAAUGCUUUAAGGUAUUUAGUUCCUAUUUGACAAGGAUCCAUUGGUAUGGGGUCAUCCAAGAUGUUAACCGAAAUGCUAUAUGUUCCUACUGCUUGGCACAAAACUCUGUCACCAUUGGAAACUAUCCUACUAUACAGGAAUUCAUUGAUGGUAUAUAAGUUCUCGUAGAACAUUAUUCACUGUGAUGCUCACUCCCUUACUUUCCUUCUUUUUGAUCCUCGUUAAUUUUUGAUUCAUUAUAACCCACCAGUC